AUGCUGGAAAAGACUUUCAACACUUUUCAUACCUCUAACGUGCACCUGCAGCAACAGUAUAGAGAGCGAGGCUUUACUCAGUACAACCAGUUGAUACCUGUGCUCCUUGUAGCUGAGCAAAACAAUGAGUUUCUGAUGAAGAAUCAUCAGUCCCAACCUACUAGAUCAGCACCAUUCCCAAAAGUGAAUGUUGUUUCCUUUGAAGGGAAUACCACAUCCUCUCAUGACAAUAAUCACAAACGAGGACGUGGCCAUAAACGAGGCCAAAAAGGCAAGAACCAUGGUGUCCAAUUUCACAACCAGGUUCUAAGGCAUAAUACAUGUCCGAGCUUUAAAAAUGCAAAUCGCCAAAAAGGCAAAGCUCAUAUGAACACUCUUAGAAAUCCUGAAGGAGUUUGCCAUAGGUGUAGUGGCAAUGGGCACUGGGCACGUACCUGUCGUACCCUAAAACAUCUGGUGGAUCUGUAUCAAGCUUCCCUCAAUGAGAAGGGUGUCGAGACCAAUUUCCUCGACCAGGCUAUACAGAUAGAUAUACUUGAUCCAGUGUUCGAUUUAUCAGGACAAUUGAACACAACCCACCUGGAUGUUUCAGACUUCAUUAUGGAAAGAGGAAAUGAAGUGUUUGGGUCCAAUUAA